AUGGGUAUUUCUAAAGAAGAGGUAAAGGGAAAAAUUAUUGAAUUCUUACAAUCAAGAGGGGUUUACAGUGUUGAUGUAGGAAAUCAAGUAUUGGUAGAUUUUGGAUUGGGUAGCAUAACAUUAAUAGAACUAGGUCAAAUCUUAGAAGGUGCUUAUGAUAAAGAGAUCUCAUUUGAAGAGUUUAGUACAAAAACAGUAGAUGAAUUAGCAGAAUCUAUUUCUUCAUAA